UACCCAAGUUCCUUUUCUAGCUCUCUCUCUCUCUCUCUCUCUCCCCCUCUCCCUCUCUCUAUGAUAUAUCUCUAUUUUACCAGAUCUAACCUUUAAACACAGCUUAUUUUCCCACAUCCCCGUCCCUCCUUGAUGAAGAUCACAAGAACCCAUCAACAUCCCUUCAUCUUUCAUCCCCAUGCAUGAAACUAUUCAAUUGAUCACUAUCUUUGCCUCUUCCAUAGGAAACUGAACAACCCCAUUCGAUACCCACAACUAAUCUCUCUCUCUCUCUCUCUCUGUGAUAUAUACAGAUAAAUAUACUUUAUAUUCUGUGAUUUAGGGUUUCCUUCUGUUCAGCAGUGCAAGCAAAGCUGUAUGAUGUCCGCAGAGAACAUUUCGGCAAAGCAGACCUCAAAAGAUGAAAGCCAGAGCUCCAGCAGCCGAAAAACCACAUCGAUGAGGCCACCAGAACAAGCCCUCAAGUGUCCAAGAUGUGAUUCACCCAACACAAAGUUCUGCUACUACAACAAUUACAGUCUCACACAGCCAAGGCAUUUCUGCAAGACAUGUAGAAGGUACUGGACUAAAGGUGGAGCUUUGCGCAACGUCCCCAUCGGCGGUGGCUGCCGGAAAAGCAAGAAGAUUAAAUCAUCUUCCAGGCUCUCCGGCGAUUCAAAGGACUCCGGUGGAUCUUCGGAUAUCGGCGGAUUGAAGUUCUUCCAUGGUCUCUCUCCUCCUGCCAUGGAUUUUCAGCUUGGUGGUCUCUCUUUCCCUAGGCUUCCUUCUUCACCUGCUGGUGGAUUUAACCAGUUUUCUUCAUUUGGGGACAUUUCAACAACUUCCACUGCAAUCCCCUCCAGUGCUGCCGCUUGUUUUGGUAUGGACACAUUGGGAAAUUCUAAUCCUCUAAUGGGUAUGGGACUCAAUUUUCCUUUAUCUUCUGUACUAAAACAAGGGGAGAGUGGUGGAUUUGGUAUGGGAGUUCAAGAAUUGGGUUCGAUGAAUGUUCAUAGUAAUAUUGCAUCUUCUAUUGAGUCCUUGAGUUCUAUCAACCAAGAUUUGCACUGGAAGUUGCAGCAACAAAGAUUGGCGAUGCUUUUCGGUGGAGAGAAUCAAAAGGAGAGCAGUGUCUCGUCUGUUCCUCUGGAAAUUGAAAACCAGACUCAAAAGCCACAACCCAUUAUGUUUCAGAAUCUGGAGAUCUCAAAACCAGAGGUUUGUGCCGUUGGUAAUAAUUCAAGAAAAGACAGUGCAACUGAGUGGUUCUUUGACAGCUCUUAUGCACCUGUAAAUCCUAUUCCAAUCAACAGUACUACCUACAAUGGCAAUGAAACCACAAGCAACUGGAAUGGAAUUCAGGCAUGGACUGACUUGAAUCAAUACAGUGCACUGCCAUAGUUGAGAAAGAUCAAGACGAAGACCAAAGGUGCUUUGCUUAUCUAGAAAAAUAGAAAACUUCUUAUAUGAAUGAAUAUAUAAGAUAAGAGUAAUCAAGACCCAUCUUUGUUUUGUCUUUAUUUGGCAACUAUUUAGAUCCAUCUAAUAUCCAUCACCAAUCCUUUCUUACUCUAGUUUUUUUGGGUUGUAAAUCAACAUGGAAAAAGGUUGGAAAAGAGGGAAAGUAGUUUUUCUUUUCUUGUCUUUGUUGGGUUUUAUACUAGUAAGAUGCUGAUCAACAGCUUUAAUUACUGAUGUUGUUAACUUGUAA